AAAAAGCAUAAAAAACAUAAAAAAAGAGAAAACACAACAGUGCCACAAACCCUUCCAGAGUUACAGACAACUCCUGCCUUCAAACCCAAUGAAUUGUUGAAAGAAAUGGGGUUUGACGUUUCCCCCACAACUUCUAAUUCAACCGUGUCACCUACAACAGUGACUACUGUUUUGGCUGAGAAACAGUAUGACCUCAAUGUUUGCCUGUUCCACCCAGUCAAGUUGGAAUUAUUUCAAGCCGACUCUAACAAAGAAUGGUAUGUGAAAUGCCCCUUCUCACGAGAAUGUGGAGUCUUUUCAUCUAGAAAUUUGCAAAACGCCUACAUGGGAAUGCUUAACAGAAAGGUGCACAAUACCUACAGGAAUCUUAAGGGAACUGUUAUGUGUGAAUGCAACAAUCAGGCUUCCCUGAGAGUAAGUGAGUCAAGUCUAAACCCAGGAAGACCCUUUUUUGGUUGCCGAAACAGAGGUGGAUGUCGAUUCUUUCAAUGGGCAGAUGUAGGGUUUACCAAAAAAAACGAAGAACUACAGAAACUCUUUAAGGAAUAUGGCAAGUUUUAA